CGGCGUGGGACGGUCGGCCGAAAAUAGGGAAAUAGGCGUAGUGCAUACUGUGAACUGAAAAUGCAACCGAAGAUCACCUUGAAACUGCUGCUGCUGGGCCUUGUGGCAGUGCAGCAUUUGGAGGUUGGCGCUGGAUCCCGCAUAUUGGCCCCCUUCUUCUUUCCGGGCAAGAGUCAUUUCAUGAUGACAAACGCCAUUAUCAGAGAGUUGGUGCAGCGCGGACACGAGGUGACCUUCAUCACGCCUUUCUCAUUGGCCAAGGAGAACUUGGGUUCCAAUUAUACGGAAGUUCUAAUUCCACAAUACGACAUAUGGGGAUCAGUUAUGGGAAUGAGCAAAGCCAAGACGGCGCUGGACAUGAGAGAUUUGGGCACGGUGACAUUCAUCAAGCUAGCCUAUGUCAUGGGCUUGGGUAGCACGGACUUUGCGUUCGAGCAGAAGGAAGUGCUGAAUUUGAUCAAUGCCAAGGACAAGUUGGGCAAAUACGAUUUGCUUCUCACGGAGCAGUUCUUUAACGAGGGAGCCCUCAUUUUGGGUCAUCUGUAUCAAAUACCUAUCAUUACCAUUUCAACCUUUGGCUUCGCGAACUAUUUGACUUCCUUGACGGGCAUUAUAAAUCCCUGGUCGUAUGUGGCCCACGGCUGGAAGCCCUACACAGAUCGCAUGACCCUUUGGGAACGAAUUGACAGCGUUUACGGCUCGCUUGUAGAAGAAGCGAUGCGCACCUUUUGGUACUAUCCGGCACAAAAUCAGAUUUUGCACAAACACUUCUCCAAGCAGUUCAAGGAGCUGCCAACCAUUAAGCAACUGGAGCGUAACAUCUCAGCCAUCCUUCUGAACUCAUAUUUGCCUCUGGAGCCGCCUAAGCCCCUUUCAUUCAAUAUGAUUCCAGUGGGUGGACUUCAUAUUAAGCCACCGAACCCAUUGCCCACAAACAUGCAAAAGUUUUUGGAUGAUGCUAAACAUGGAGCCAUCUACUUUAGUCUGGGUUCUCAAGUGCGCAGUGCAGACUUUCCGCCUGAGAAGAUCAAGAUGUUUCUCCGUGUGUUUGGAAGCAUGAAGCAACGCGUCCUGUGGAAGUUUGAGGACGACAAGUUACCCAAUCUCCCAGCUAAUGUGAUGGUCCAGAAGUGGAUGCCCCAGAAUGAUAUACUCGCCCAUCCCAAUGUCAAGGUUUUCAUUUCCCAUUGUGGACUUUUCGGGACUCAAGAGGCGGUACAUUACGGCGUUCCCGUGCUCGGCAUGCCCGUCUAUGCCGACCAGCACCUGAAUAUUAAGAAGGGCACAGCUGCUGGUUAUGCCCUUGAAGUCAACUAUCUCACAGUAACAAAGGAGGAGCUGCAGUCUUCCCUUACAGAGCUGCUGGAGAAUCCCAAGUACAGGGAUAACAUGAAGCGUGCAUCGCGAAUCUUCCGCGAUCGACCGCUGAGUGCGAUGGAUACGGCCAUUUUCUGGAUCGAUUAUGUUAUUGAUCACCGUGGAGCGCCGCAUAUGGUAUCUGCGGGUCUGGACCUGGCUUGGUAUCAGUUUUACCUGUUGGACAUCAUUGGCAUUGCCUUGGCAAUCAUACUGUUGCCCAUUUUGGGUCUGAUCCUCGUUUGUCGCAAUUUCAAGUCUGCGAAGAAGCCUAAAACAAAGGCUAAGCAAAACUAACAAAGUCUUCUUUUAUGUUGCUAACUUCAACUGAAAAGCAAUAUUGUGCUAUAAUUAUGUUAAUUAGUUUGCGUACAUUUUUAAAAUGUUUUUAAUAGAUAUUUACUAUAUUG